UUGUGUUGACCAGUAUCAACCCCUGUUAUACAAGCUGCACUGGGGCUUGAAUAAAAGACCCAACCCCAGAGCUGGUAGAACACACCAAACCAAGUCAGUACCAAACCAAGAUCCACCUGAAGACAAACUAAACCAAGGGCAGACCAAGGAGCACCUCAAGCCCAAACAGAAGUCCAGAAGAGAACCAUGGAGCCAACGUUCCUCCUCUUGGUGGCCUUCAUCUUCUCCAGCGGCCAGUGCCAACCCCCCAGGGACCCCAGUGCCUCCCCGGCCGCAUGCCCGUCCGUCUGCCAGCCCGACAUCUGCUCUCUCAUCGGAGAGACGUCCGCCAUGAAGGAGCGUCUGGCGGCCAUAGAGAGCACAUCGGCCCCGGUGCCUCGGCUGGCCUUCACCGCCGUGCUGGGCCACGCCCUCGGCCCAUUCACCAUUGACACGGCGGUCAAGUACCCGCGGAUCAUCUCCAACGUGGGCAAUGGCUACAACCCGGCCACGGGCGCCUUUACUGCCGGCAUGUACUACUUCAGCUACACCAUGUUCAACAACGUUGGGCGUACACCCAACUCGGUGAUGUCGCUGAUGAAGAACGAGCAGAAGAUGGUGUCCACCUGGGACACAUUGGGGGAGGACAACGAGGACAGUGCCACCAACGCCGCCGUGUUACAGCUGGAUGCCGGAGACAACGUCUACAUCAAGCUCUACUCCACCCGCGAGGUACAUGACGACCUUAGCAGUACCGGCCUCUACAACACCUUCAACGGCUUCCUGCUCUUCCCUCUUUAAAAUGUAUGUCAGCCAUUUUGUGUGUUUUGAUGUUGAUUUCCCAGUGCGACGGUGGUUGAAAGGAGGGGUUGGCUGGAUUAGCGGUUUUUGUUGACAAAAAUACAUAUAUUUUGGCUCUGUAUAAAAGUAACGAAAAACUUUAAUACAAAUAAAAUAAAAUAUAAUGUUUGACAUUAA